AUGAAUUACAACGGGUCCAGGAAAUGUACCUUGGCAGAGGAAUAUUUCUGCAUAUACUUUCUUUCUACCUGUUCCAAAGCACAGGUCUGCUCGCCGACAAUGCGCAAAAUCCAACAGGAAGCUCCUGCUGAUAAAAGGAAGCGCGCCGAUAAGGAUUCCAUUCGAGUUUGUUUGCCCCUCGUCGAAAGGAGGUCUCGUUUUCCCAAAGUUCAAAAUCCCUUGAUAACAGAAUUACACUUAAAAUUACUCAGAAACGAAACGGAACGGCUUUUGGCUUGGACUUCCUGGCGCGAUCGAACGAAGCCGAUGAAGAAUCUCUUCCACAUCUUAUUGACUCUUCGAAAUCAAGGAGCUAGAAAUAAUGGAUACAGCGACAUCGGUGAGUGCUGGCGAGAAGAGUUGGGAAUCCCAGAUCUCGAGACAUCAAUGGAGAGACUUUACCUUCUAAUUAAACCUCUUUACUCAUUACUGCAUGCAGUGGUGAGAUUUCACCUGGGUCGAACUUACCCUGGGAUUGUCGAGUCCAAGAAACCGAUUCCUGCUCACCUGCUAGGUGAUCUUCAUUCUCAAAACUGGGAAUCCCUGAUCGGUUUACUUCUACCGAAGGAAUUGUCCAAUCUCGUAGACUUGAAAGCUCGGAAGAGUCAUAAUUUCACGGUGCAUGAUUUAUUGAGGAUUUCCGAAAAUUUCUACACGUCUCUGGGCUUCCCCUCGAUGACUGAAGAAUUUUGGAAAAAUUCCAUUUUCGAGGGGAACACCCGAGGCAGGAAUCGGUGUCACGGAGCUGCGAUUAACAUGUUCAAUCCUGGAGAUUUUAGGAUAUUUGCAUGUCUCGAGGUGUCCAUCGAAGCUUUCCGGUUAAUUCAUCACGAAAUGGGCCAUGUUCAGUACUACAUGGCCUACGAGGAUCAGCCGGCGAUAUUUCGAGACGGAGCCAGCACAGCUUUCCACGAAGCAAUAGGCGACGCUGUGAUGACCGGAGUAAUGGCACCAAGAAAUAUUAAACGUUUUGGCCUCCUGCGAGAUCAUCGCUCCAGAGAAACAAUAGAAAACUGGUUCGGUCCUUCAUUAAAAGAGGACAAUUUAACCGGUCCCUUGGACCUAGUGAUUUUGUUAAGACACGCGCUAUCGAAGCUACCGCAACUGCCGUACAGUAUGGCGAUAGAGAAGUGGAGAUGGGGCGUCUUCUCCGAGGAAAUUAAACCCACAGAAUACAACAGAGCAUGGUGGGAGAUAAACCGAAAAUACAUGGGAGUCGAGCCAGGUACAACUAGAAACGAAGAAUCCCUCGACGCCGCCGCGAAACUCCACGUCGCAGACGGUACACCUUACGCCAGGUACUUCCUGGGCCAGAUUCUGCAGUUUCAGCUCUUCGAGAGCAUGUGCAACGCAACGCGGGUAAAAAGGUCCUCGCCACUGCACCGAUGCGACAUCUACCGUUCUAAGGAAGCAGGAGACAGACUCAGGUCGCCGAUGAAGCUUGGAAGAAGCACGAACUGGCGUUACAUUUUGCGGAUGAUGACAGGAUCAACCGAGUACAGAGCCGAGCCAUUGUUGCGGUACUACCAGCCCUUGCGAAAAUGGCUGGAACAUCAGAUCGAGCGGCACAACAUCACGCUCGGUUGGGAAUAAAGUAUCGCUUAAUCCCUUCUUCUC